CGAGUAGAUGGUUUUGGAGGUCUUCAAGUCGUCGCAGUAAGAAACUAUAUUUUAUGUCGCCAAGCAGCCGCUCAAAAAUACUGCAACAAAUUAAUCAUAAUCCAUAUAAUUAAAGAAAAUGGCGGAUCCGAAAGAAAUUACCAACAAAAAGCUUCAAGGCAAGGUCGCGAUCGUCACCGGCGGCGCCAGCGGCAUCGGCGAAGGCACCGCGCGCAAAUUCGCCUUGCACGGGGUGCGGGCUGUCGUGAUCGCGGACGUCCAGGACGAGAAAGGCCAAAACGUCGCCGCAUCGAUCGGUUCCGACCGCUCCAUCUACAUCCAUUGCGACGUGACCGACGAGGACCAGGUCAAGAGCUUGAUCGAAUCGACGGUCAGGAUUUACGGCCGCCUCGACAUCAUGUUCAGCAACGCUGGCGUCGGCAGCGCCGGCGAGCAGACCGUUUUGGAGCUGGACCUGGCCAUGUACGACAGGGUCAUGGCGGUCAACGCCCGCGGAAUGGCGGCGAGUGUGAAGCACGCGGCGAGGGCGAUGGUGGAGGGGGGCGUGAGGGGGAGCAUCGUGUGCACGGCCAGCGUGACGGCGAGCAUGGGGUCGGCGAAGUUCGCGGACUACACAAUGUCGAAGCACGCUGUUUUGGGGCUGAUGAGGUCGGCGAGUGUGCAGUUGGGCGCGUACGGGAUACGCGUCAACUGCGUGUCCCCAGGGAGCGUGACGACGCCGCUGCUGCGGUCGAGUUUUAAGGCGGGUGCGGUGGCGGAGGAGGAGGAUGUGGGGAUGUUGGUGGAGUCAAGUUUGAGGUUGAAAGUAGGGAAGACGAUCUCUGUGGAGAAUAUAGCUGACGGCGUCGUCUUUUUGGCUUCUGACGACUCUGAAUUCGUCACCGGCCAUAAUUUGGUUGUGGAUGGUGGGUUUAUCAGUAGGAUAACCUGAAGAUUACAUAUAGUUUUAUUUAUUUCUUUCUCAAGUGACAAAUGAAAAACAUUGAAUGUACUCAAGAUCCGAAAGUUGCGGAUUCCUCAUGGCAGAAUUAUGACUUCAAUGAAUGGUUUUGUUUUGGUUUGUCUUUC